GGAGGCGAGCCUGGGGUAGCAGGAACUGUCAGCCCAAACCACCUCACUGCUUGUUGGGGAGAGUGCUGGUCAGAGCCCCCCCAGGGAGGAAAGGGAACCGGAAUGCCUGACGACACAGCAGUACCACCCCUUGCCACCCUCCUAAGGCCCAGGGGAGGGUAUAGAGGCCAUGUCAGAGGAAGUGCCCACGUCCCACAGCCAGUGUCAGCAUCCUGACCCCGGCCGGACCGCUGCCGGGACACGGCACGCCCCGGAGUAGCUUCCCAGGUGUCUAUGGCCAACGGGACCGGGCCGAACGCCAGUGGAGAGCCCAUCGCCCCAUCCUCACGGCCCGUGGUGCUUGCCCUGGCUGCCCUGAUGGAUGUGGCUGCGCUGCUGGCCAAUGGGGCCGUGUUGGCCGUGCUCCUGCGCACCCCCUCGCUCCGCAAGCCUUUCUUCCUUGCCCACCUCUGCCUGGUCGACCUCCUAGCAGCCUUGUCCCUCAUGCCUUUGGGCCUGCUGGCUGCCCCUCCAGGCUUGGGCACCCUGCAGCUGAGCCCAAAGCAGUGUCGGGCUGCCCGCUUCCUCACGGGGCUCUUGGUGUCUGCCUGCACCCUCAGCGUGGCCGCCCUGGGCCUGGAGCGCUAUCGUUUCAUCCUGCAUCCGCUAAGGCCCUGGGUUCGAGCCACCCCGCCACUGGUCCUGGCUGCUAUCUGGGGGGUGGCAGGGCUACUGGGGGGGCUGGCCCUGUUAGGCCACCCCACUCCAAACUGUGCCCUAGCAGACAGCCCUCGCAGCCCUUUCCUGUCCCUUUGGGCUCUUCUGGCAUUCGUCCUGCCCUCCUUCCUUCUUCUCCUUGCCUACGGCAGCAUUUUUCACGUGGCCAGGUUGGCGGUCCUGAGGCCUCGUCCAGGCCUGAGGCCCCGUCCAGACCCGCAACCCCACUCAGACUCCUUGGCCAGCCACGUGUCUAUCCUGUUGCCCCCUCGGCUAGCCGUCCCACGACUGGUUGGCGGCAAAGCCGCCCUCACCCUGGCCCUGGUUCUGGGCCAGUUCCUGGGCUGCUGGCUGCCCUUCUUCUCCUCCUGCCUGCUGCCAAGGAGCUGGGGCCACCAGAGAGAGGCAGCGGUCACGUGGCUGGCCUACUCCUCCUUUACCAUCCACCCCUUCCUCUAUGGCCUGCUCCAGAGGCCCGUGAGGGGGGAGUUGGUUCGCCUGGCCCAGAGAUGGCUCCACCGGGGGCUAGGGCCAGGGCACUGCCCUCCUCCAGGUGCCCGGCCCCAAAGCUUCCUCCAUCUCCUCCAGGGCGACUGUGAGAGCCACCCCCCAGGUGUGGCUAGUGGCCCAGCUGCCUGUCCAAAGCAGACCAUUCUGACCUCUGUGGGGGUGGGCCCAAGUACAAGAGAAACAGUUUGAGAGGAGGUGGAGUCAUGGAGCCUGGGGAGGAGUGGCCUGUUGCCUCAGCAGAAAAGUGGUGGCAGGGAGGGGAGAGGCAGGGCAAGGGAUGGGUGUUGGAAGUCCCAACAACGCAAACAGAUUUGAUAUGCAGGAGGAGCUAGGUAGGGAGUUGAAGUUCCGGUUGAUUCCUUUUCCCCCUCCCUACCUCCACAACUGGGUGUGUCUGUCGCAGGGGCAGGGGGCGGGGAGAAAGGUCUAUGGAGAAGCCCCUGCAACUGGGAGCUUGGGCAGUUGCUACUGAAUCAGAAGGUAUAGCAGGGAGAGAGGAGGAUCAAUAGGCCAGUGGGGGCAGAGUCUAGGGUUCAAAGCAGCCAGUGUUGGGACAGGGGCAUAGUCCUCUCCAGCGUCAGGCCCCACCUCCAGUCCCCAGGGCAAGAAGAGUGAGUGGGAGUGAAAAGAAGGGGGAGAAAAGAAGUCUCUGAAGAGACACCCCACACAUACACACACAGGAAGGUGGGCUAGCGAGGUCCAAGGGAGAGAGGAUGUCCAUAAACAGGAGGGCUUGAGGCUAUAUAGUAAGAACUUCCCAACAAACUUUGCUCGACCUUAAAUUGGGUGUUGGCGAGAGGGAGGAUGUGCAUUCUCCCCCUCUGGACUCCUUUUCAUCUUAACUGGGGGUGUGUGAAUGGGGUAGAGGCAGGACCCUGGAAGACAUGACCCUGAUAGUGUGCAGCAGAGCCAACCACGGUCAUCUCAUCCAGAAGCCAGAGGCUGCAGAAUACAGGAUGGUGAGAGAACUGUGGCCCUUGAAAUGGAAAAGUAGAGAGGGGCAAACCUGGACCCUCCCCCACCCCCGAGCUCAGCUUCUUGGACUAGGCCCAAGGCCAGCGGCAGUGAGCACAGCACCUGGCCCCAGAGAUGGCAGUGUUCCAAGCCAAGAUGGCAGCCAGGCAGAGCUGGGGCCUCUGGAACCUGUGGGGGAAGGGAGGGGGACAAGGGCCUGUCCAGCAGGCCAUUAAAGAUGUGGGACCUCAAUGGCCCCCAUCCCUCUGUGUGCUGACUUGCUUGGUCUCCCCUCCCUUCCCCUCUCUCGUCUCCCUGCUUACCUCCGUGCCCUCGCCUCACUCCCC